UAGUUGCCCCACGUGGAGAGUGUGUGAGAGAGUCAGAGGAGAGAGAGGAACAGUAAACCGUGCGUGUGUGUGUGUGUGCGCGCGGGGGCAGCGGACAUCCCUCCCUCACGCCUCGAUGCCUACUGGCUGAUCACCACGCGAUAGAGUGCGCGAGGAUGAGAGAUGGACAGCGCGAGACAGGAGCGACGGCAAUAACAGGAAACUCGGUGGCGCUUUUAACGCUGAUGCUGCCGGUGACCAGCGGACACCUCGACGAGACCGAAAUAUAACACGAUAGGACAGCGACCGACCGGGGGAUGCUUUCUGACUGACUGUUUUAUCCUGAAACCAGAUCAGAACGGAAAAGGGGGCUAUGGAUUCCCCUUCGGAUCGAUUUCAUCAGCAGCUUUCCCAGAUGUGUCCCUUCGAACUGUAUCGCAGCCUGCCAGAUUCCAACCCCUCAAGCCACCGAUUUUCCCCCGGCAGCCUGUCUUCCCACCCGCUCUUCUCCCCUCUCAUGCACCCCAACAGCGCAUCCCAGAGGUGGGGUAGUUUCCGACAGCGCCAGGGCUUGUUCCCUGGGCUUCUGGUAGAUGAUGAUGUAAGUGAGGAGGAUGUGUUUGGGAAGAGAGAGUUUGCUGUUGGGGCUAUGGGAUCAUCGCAGCGCUGUCCUGGAGAACGGGGACAAGGUUCGGGUCCCGAUCCUGGCGACUGGGGGCAGGAUUUUGCAAGAGUUAAGAGACUCAGGAUGGACUCGGCAGCUAGAAGCGAAGAAGAAACGAGGAGAGAAGGGAAGAGGGGGAGGAAGAGUACAGCUUCGGUUAGAAUGGACGAGAGGAAGGCAGCAGAACAAGCGAACAGGAGGGAAAGCAGGGAAGGUAGGAAGCGACAGCGGCAAGAACUAAAGCUCCAGCUGGAGGAAACCAGAGGGAAACUUCUGGAACUCCAACGCAAGGUGUGGAAAGCGUACGGAGGGCAGGCGGAUGACGAGAAAGGAGGAGAGAAAGAACAAGAGAAUGGGCCGAUCAAUCUCGAUGAGGUUGCGGAGAUGUUUUCAGACAGCGAUGAUCCGCUCAUCAGCAGUGGAUUUUCUCCUCCGCGCUGUUCGUCUAAGAAACCCAAUGAAACCAAUGGGAAUGCCGGGAUGUUUCCAGAGACCUCCGUGGACCUGGAUUUGGAGUUAAAUGGCGAUCAGGUGUGGCUGGGAUGCAGCCUGGUCAGAGGUGAUUGGGAGAGCGCAGAAGGAGGGCAGAAGUUUGCACAAGCUCUAAAACAAGAGCUGGCAAAUGUUGUGGCUCAAGUUAUCGACAGAGUUGUCCGCCACUAUGCCGAAACCGACCCCUCGGCAGUCACAUCCACCGCCGUUCCUCAAGAAACCAGCAUGACGUUGGAUCUAAACCCAGACCGGAGGCCGAGAAUUUAUGUGGCAGAGCAGGUGGAAGCAUUGCCACUUAUCACAAAGAGUCCUCAAGACAAGAGGGCCCCUAUUACUCAGAGUGUACACAAGGACCUCCUCCUCCCUCAAGCCAAUCCCAGCCUCGCUCCGCUACCCCAGCCUCCUCUCCCGGCUCUUUUACCCCCUAGGAGCAAAGGGCACUUCCUGCCCUCCUAUCCCCCAGACAACCCCGUUCCCCUGCCCCUUCUUCACUACACCAUGCAGAAUCUCUUUACCCGCUCCCUCUCCAGUUUGCCUUUUCAUAAGGACUGCCUGUCUGAGUCUUUCAUGGACUUCCGUUCACACAACUCUACGUUCCCACCCCUCCCGUUGCUGGGCCAGCUAGACCCCUCUCCGUCGGAUAGAGCGAGGGAAGGAGGGAUGAGAGGAGGUGGAGCAGGAGUGGUGGAUGGAGGAGAUGCAGCACUCUAUCUUGCUGCUGGGUCAUCUCAGGAAGGUCUCUCUCCGUGCCACCUGAAGAAAGCCAAACUCAUGUUCUUUCACACACGCUACCCCAGCUCCAGCACACUCAAGACAUAUUUCCCUGAUGUCAAAUUCAAUCGCUGUGUCACUUCCCAGCUGAUUAAGUGGUUCAGUAACUUCCGGGAGUUCUUCUAUAUCCAGAUGGAGCGCUUUGAGAGCAGUUUUAUCUUUCUUUUUUCACUUAAACAGGGCAGUUUUGAUGGGAAGUGCAUGCUGUACGGUUCAGUGCGUCUGAACUCCUCAUCCAUCGCUGUGCUUUCAUCCAGUUCUCCUUCCCUUUGUUACUUUGUGUCAGCCAUCUCAGUGUGUGUGGCCGUCUUCUGCUUUUCACUCACUCUCUACUGGAUCUACAUGGCCUGUGUUGACGGAGAGGUGAAAAGAGAGAAAUUAUGGAUGAAUGUUACUCUUGGCUUGUCUGGAGUCUUCCUCUUCUUCCUCUUGGUGACGGGAUGCAUCCUGAAAAUCGGCCGAGACAGACUGUGCGACUCAGUGAUUCAAACAGCGAAAAAUAUAACCAGGUGUGAAGAAGCACAAAAUAAGCCUUGGAUGAGCCCUAUAAAUGGGAGUCAGUUCUACUCCAGACUACACAGUGCAGAGACAGCAGUAUGGGUGAAUUUCUUCUUUUGGUUGAUCAUAGCAGUUCUGGUCCUGCUCCAGCGUAACAACGGGUCAGAAAUCCGGUCAGAAGGAGAGGACCCAUCAGCGACCCCUUCUGAAACGGAGCCCUUCUUCAACCGCCCAGGACGUUCUUAGUGAACAGAGACACAGCUAAUCUAUGUCGCCCCACACUAAAGCAGUCUAUGUGCCGCUUGAACACACUCACUCACACGUACAUACGCUCGCAUUGACAAUCACGCUGCUGGCUAGCAGUUGGCUAGCUGAGCCGAGAGGAUUUUGGCAGCUCCAGUAUACGCAUUUUUACCAAGGGUUAGUUGCCAUGGUUACUGAUCUGUGGCUGGCAGCACAGACCUGGCAGGUGAUAGUGUGCGGUUGCCAGAUUGGUGGUGUGACCUGAACUGAUUGAGACACGGCUUUAUGCAAAGAGAUCAAAUCUGACAACAUUGUCAGUGUUUUCAUAAGCAGCAAAACGAUAUCAAAAAAUAAACUUGAGGAGUUCAUACUCAAAUCUUCAAAAAAGGCACUCUCAUUUCAUGAGUACAUAUGUCAGUUCAAAGAAUUGUAGAAUAACAACCAUUAAAUUGAACCUAACUGACCUGGAGUCAAACCAAGUUAACCACUGUACUGUAACUUUUAACUUAAGCCUGCUCUUUGUUAAUGUACAACUUCUCGCCCUCUGCUGUCUGUUUAUAUGAAUUACUCCAUAAAUCCCAUUAGACGGUGCUCCUGUGCCUAUUUUUUUGGGCCAGGAAUCUCCCAUAAGUGUUUUUCCCCCCUAAUUUCACAUUUCUCCUACUCAUAGUCCUUGGCGUCCUUAACAUGAGCAAAACUGCUUGAGAGUGUCUUUCCGAGAGUGUUUGGCUAUUAAUCUUGUGCCCAGUAGAGAUGUCAUUUUUUAAAUGGCUUUUUCCUGCACACAGCCACGGGAGGUAGGAGUGUGUGUGUGUGUGUUUGGGAUGACAGGGACAUAAAUCCAUAAUUUAGCCUGUGAUGGUAUCCGCUUUACACAGGCGAAGUGCCAAAUCCGUGGUGCUGCCCACAGCACUAAAGUCCUCCGAAACACAGUGUCCUUCCGCCCAUCCCGGCAGCACAGUGUCCAGGUCCAGUGUCCACUAAAUGCUUCAUCAUCAUCGAAUCAUUUCUCCUCUUUUCUGCAACUUUUUGUACAUUGUCAUUUAACUUACUACUAUUGUUUUAGAACUGCUGGUUAUGGAUUAUGCACUGACAUUUUUUAUGAAUACUAAAUCUGUUGUAUAACCCGCUAUGUCAGAGUUUAUGGCUGUGUGAACAUUUCAAAGCAAUUAAAU